CCCUUGCUCGUCUCUCAACACAGCGCGGUGCCUGGAUUUGUGACUGGGAGCAGGACUGGCCCGCUGGUCCACCAGCGCACGUACGUUACCGAACGUGACGCCACGCCACGCGCACAGCGACAGCAGCGACCGGGCCUCCGCCACCGAACGCCGCAGCCGCCGGGGGUCUCGCAUGCAUCGCUCCCCAGGCUCCGACGCCAUGCAGGUUUAGCAAUUGGUUUCGGAUUCGACUCAAUUUUCUAAAUGCGUUUUGGUGUUUCCAUUUGGAGGACAGUUUGCUGCCGAAGAUUAUUUGUUGAAAGGGAUCGACGGUGUUUGUUUUUGUUAGUUUUUUAUGAGUCCAGGCCGGUGGUGCCGUGAUAUCUGGCAGGCUGGCAGACAGGCUAUGGGUUUUAUUAAGGCUGGCUGCGAGGGUUUUUAACAAAACCUGACCAUCUUCCGCGCCGAAUUCCGAUCGAACUCUGUCGUGAGAAGGGAAGGCAACUGGUGUGGCGCGUGAGAGAGUUGUGUGUCUGCAGGAAGGUCGGAACUUUGGCUCGACACCCAGAAAUUCGGACUCGUCGCACAAUGGCGGAUGAGAGCGUUCAGUCAGAUGCUCGAACAGGUUCCGUCUCCGACACGACGCUACCCACCUCACCCGUGCCUCCCUCACCCAGCGUGGACCUGCACGCGCUGUUCGGCAUUCCCAGACCGAAAAGACCCAGCGAGAAGUCUGACGACCCAGGUGAAGUUUCAGAAUCUGAUGAUGAUGAGACAGACAGUGAUGAAGAGGAAGAAGACUUUCAAGAGGGAGAAUACCUUGUCGUAGAAGACAACGAGGAGUUUAUGGAUGUCCACGUGACCCUGCUGGCGGAGCAGGCCAGUGUACACCGCCAGAUCCUGUUGCGAAUUUUCCAAGCUUGCACGCCAGUCUAUGAAAACUGGAUGUCUGAAAACGAGGCUAAGAUACCGGAAGCGGAAGCAAAACGACGACGCGAGCAGCUUGCGCUGUAUCGGCAAGUGUUGGAUCUGUACGGAGGAGACACGGAGUGGACCAGCUUGACACCCCAACAGCGGGUGUCCAGAGAUGAAGCAGGCCCUCGUGGCAUCGCAGAAGGCCAAGCACUUUGGCCAGCCUCCAGAUACGGUCACCGAUGCAUCGAUGCUGGCUGCUCAGACAACAAAUGAAGAUACUGCUGAUAACGGAAACAUCGAGAACGCCAUGGAGAGGAUCUUGGAAAUCUGAACGCUUUGGACGACAGCUACAAACAUUACCAAGGGGCACAGGGGAUGGGGCGAUUGGAGGAUUGGUUGGGUGGCUGUGUGGAUCUCCUGCUGCUGAGUGUAUGUUUUGUUCAACUGUGUAACGAUUGUUGAACAUUUUCUUGCCUUGGAACAGCAUGCAAAAUAACCAUGCAAAAGACAUUGUUUACCGACGCGCCGCACGAACUAUGAAAUCUCUCUGCAGCGUGUUAACACAUUAAA